AUGACUUCUAUAAAUGUAAUCGACAAUGCUGAUUCUUCGCUACGCACAUCACCGAAAGCUCCGCUACAGGAAACUCAUCAAGGGACAAGUGGUUUGAAACAAGCAGCAAUUGCUAGGUACAAAAACUAUAUACGAAGAGAAAAAAAGAGCUACAACGACAAGAAAUGGAAGAAGAUUAAAGAAGACCAAAGACAAACUACCGAUGCUGAACCUUCCAUCCAUCCAGCAUUACAAAACAGUCGGCUCAUUGACGAGUUCGAAUACCUGAAUAAAAUUGACGAAGGAGCAUUCGGCGUUGUUUAUAGGGCUCGCGAUAAGUCAACAGAUGAUAUAGUUGCUCUAAAACGAUUUAAAGGUCUGAACGAAAGGAAAGAAUUGUCCAUGGCUGCUCAGAGGGAGCUGAACACCCUGCUCAAAUUACGACAUCCUAACAUUGUCGCAGGGCGGGAGAUAGUGGUGGGCUCUAGGAAAACAGAAGUGUUCCUGGUCUUGGAAUACGUGCCGCAGCAGUUGAAAAGCUUUUUGCGCUCGAUGCGGCAAAAUGAUAUAACAUUCUUCCCAGUACACGUCAAAAGCCUAAUGAUACAGCUUCUCCAAGGAGUACAACAUCUUCAUGACAAUGACAUUAUACAUAGAGAUCUCAAGACCGACAACAUACUUUUGUCUCAAGAUGGUGUUCUAAAGGUGGCAGAUUUUGGAUUGGCUCGAGGAUAUGAAUCCUCUCUUCAACAAUAUACACCGGGCGUGGGCACACUGUGGUACAAUGCGCCUGAACUACUGUUACUUAGCCCAGAAUACUCAACUCCUAUAGACAUGUGGAGCGUUGGGUGUAUAUUUGCUGAAUUAAUUAACUUGAAGGCUCUGUUUCGUGGCAAAUCUGAGUUAGAUCAGUUGAAGAAAAUUUUUAUGGAUUUGGGUACGCCGUCUGACGCAAUUUGGCCCGGCUACAGCUCGUUACCAACGGUAAGAAACACAAUUUUUGAGGACUAUCCACCGGGCGGGUUGCGCAAAAAGAUAAACCGCGAGCUUCUUUCUGAUAGCGGUUUAUCCUUACUGGAAGGAUUACUAACUUACUGUCCUACAAGACGAGUAACAGCAGCCGCUGCGUUAGAGCACGCAUUCUUCAAGGUGCAGCCGGUGGCAAUCGAGCCGGACUGCUUCCCGAUGUCGACGGAGUCUGCGGACAGCGGUCAGUACUCCGGUACGGAAAUGGGAGUAGAUCGCGGCUCUUACUAUUAUACUCGGUUUAGUGCACUGGAAAAUGACGAACUUAUUAUUGAAGUUUCAUAG